AUGUCUUCUCCAACGAAUGGCGUUGAGAAAUUGUCUCCAUCCGAUUUCUGGUCUCCGCCCUCCACGGAUGGAAAAUACCGCACAGGACUCGUGGUGAACAACUCAAUGGCUGGCGGCAAGGUUGAAUUUGUUCCAAAUGAAAAAGGGAAAAGAAUCACAUGGUAUGGUUGCGGUCCUACGGUUUAUGACUCCGCCCACAUGGGACACGCAAGGACGUAUUUAGCAUUCGACAUCAUAAGGCGCAUUCUGGCUGAUUAUUUUGGGUAUGAGAUCUUCAUGUGCAUGAAUAUAACCGACAUCGAUGAUAAAAUUAUCAAGCGAUCAGUUGAAAACGGUGUCGAUUUUGCGGCAUUGGCACGUUAUUGGGAAGGAAUGUUUUUCGAAGACAUGAAAGUUCUCAAUGUUCAACUUCCUGAUGUUAUCACUCGAGUUUCUGAAUAUGUUCCAGAAGUCUUGACAUUCAUUGAAGGGAUAAUGAAGAAUGGAUUUGCUUAUGAAUCACAAGGCAGCGUUUAUUUCGAUACUCAAGCGUUUCGUGCAGCCUCUCACCACGUCUAUGGACGAAUGGAGCCGAGCUCUGUGAACGAUCAAGCGAAAGUGUUGGAAGGCGAGGGUGAAUUGGGGAUGGCGACUGAGAAACGAUCGCCGUUAGAUUUCGCAUUAUGGAAGAAAGCGAAGGAGGGAGAGCCAUUUUGGAGCUCUCCUUGGGGUGAUGGUCGUCCUGGGUGGCAUAUUGAAUGCUCAGCGAUGGCUUCUGCUGUUCUUGGAUUUCCGAUCGAUAUCCAUAGUGGUGGGAUUGAUCUCCGGUUUCCUCAUCAUGAUAAUGAACUAGCCCAAUCGGAAGCUUGCUAUAACAAGCCACAGUGGGUCAACUACUUUUUGCAUUCUGGACACCUCCAUAUCAAGGGAAGUAAAAUGUCUAAAAGCCUCAAGAACUUCAUAACAAUCAAACAAGCAUUGGAAGUUUUCUCCCCGCGGUCGAUCCGCAUUCUGACUCUGAUGCAUCGAUGGGAUGCUCCCAUGAACUACUCGACUGAUGGAGAGUCGAUGGUGGCCGCUGCUGAGGUUGAUAACGCCUUCUUAAACUUCUUUGGGACUGUCACUGCUGCUGUGCGCGGGGUGUCAGAACUUUCAAAGUUUUGUCAAAGAUGGUCUGAUAGUGACAUUCGGUUUCAUGAAAAAGUGAUGAAUACUCAAUCCCAAAUUCAUGCGGCCUUAUCUGACAAUUUUGAUACUCCAACCGCCCUUCUUGCAUUGCGUUCUCUUGUGACCGACACUCACGUCUACAUUAAGUGCAAAAGCAAAGCUCCCCUUAUUGCGAAGGCAGCGCGUUAUGUUUUCCGUAUUCUUAAGAUUUUCGGAGUUACAAAUGGAAGUGAAAGUGAACUCGACUACGUGGCGGCGGGGGGUGAUUCUGAAGUUGAAACGAAAUUGAUGGAUUGCUUGUCGAACUAUCGUCAGAAUAUCCGCAGUUUGUCGAAGGAUUCCGAAGCCAUUCUUCUGGUAAAGAAAUUACUGCAAUUUUGCGAUUCUGUUCGUGAUAACGACUUGGUUGAAGUUGGAAUUCAGUUGGAAGACAUGCCAGAAGGGCCCGUAUGGAAAAAAAAUACAAGAGAGGAACUAGUACGAGAGAAAGAAAGAAAACUACAAGAAGAAGAACGAAGAAAAGAACAAAAAGCAGAAAAUGACCGACUGAAGGCGGAUGCAAAAGCGAAGAAAGAGGCGGAGGUAAAGAUUUCACCAAGCGACUACUUCCGUGUAUUGCAAAAGGAUCAGUAUCUUAAUUUUGACGAAAAUGGAAUCCCUACCGUCAACAGCGAUGGAACGGCAGUUUCCAAAUCGAAGCGGGACAAAUUGAUUAAGCUUGUUGAGAAGCAUCGUAUUGCUCAUGAUGCGUGGAUUGCGACUCAGCAAGGUUGA